GGCAAAUGAAGCCAUGUUUUUGCUUACAAACAAGUAGCGUUCAUACCGCCCCGUUCUGGAUCCUCGCUCGUCCGUAUAGCAGCGCCAGAGAAGAGCCGAGCCUCUUUCCAGCUGUCAGUCAAUCUUUCGGGAUACUAGUAGAGAGUUUAGUUUUCUUUCUGAAAAAUCCAUAAAUGGGAUAUUGUGCCCCAAAGUGUGUCACAGCGUACUGAAUAUACGACGAGGACGAGGAAAGCAUCCGUCUUAGUAGGAAGCUUUCGGGAUUAUUCUUUUUCACUCAGAAAAUGAGUACCGGGGGAAACUCCUGAACCAGCGCUGGACGCGUGGAGACAAGAUCAGCCACUGCCGGCCCUCUCUCAGACUGCAGAGCCGACCAAUCAAAAUGAGUUUGGAUACUGACGACAAGCGCACUCGCACGCGGUCCAAAGCAGGAAAAGUUCCCUCUGAGAUCACAGGACAGGAUCUGAGCUGCCCCACGCCAGGAUGCAAUGGCUCGGGCCAUAUCAGUGGCAAAUAUGCCCGACACAGAAGUGCUCUAAGCUGCCCGUUGGCCAGAAAAAGGCGGCUAGAGGAGGCGGAGUCUGAGCAGCCCGCCUCCAAGAGGAAGUCCCACCCACUGAAGCUGGCGAUGGAUGAAGGCUUCAACGCAGAGAGUGAUGGUAGUGGAGACGAGACAGAAGUGAGGGAGGAAGAGGAGGCAGAUACAGAAGGACCACAGCAGAGGAAUGGUGAUGAGGAGUGUGAGGAGGAGGAGGAGCAAAUAAAUAGGAACUCAGAGAGCACCAAUACAGAGGAAGAGGAGGGUGAUGAAGAGUGUAUCAUCAUUGAAUCAUCCAGCUCAGAGAAGCCCAAACCCACAGAUCUCUCCAACUAUCAGCACAUAGUGGCCAACUCAAUGGCUAACCUCAACAACCAUAACAACCACACCAUGUCCCCCCAGCACCAACAACCCAGCACCUUGGAACCAGAAGAUUGCAUCCCUUUUAAGGAGUCAGAAGAGGAAGAAGAAAAAACAAGAAAUGGCAAAGAAGAGACAGAACACCAACUAGGAGUUCUGGCAUCUGAGAAAAAUGAAAUGAUGGAGAGUUCGGAUGAGACUGAAGAUGAAGAAGAGGAGAUGCAUAUUGAAGACCAGAGUCAGAAAGAGUCAGACCACCAGUAUUUUAAUGAAGACACACAGAGAGAAGAGGAUGAAGAGGAUGAUGAUGAGGAUGAAGGACUGGGCUCCGAGUUGCACAAAGAAGAGGUACACAAGAGGGAAUAUGUUGAUGUUAAGUCAGAAGAGGGAGGAGAAAGAGACUCCGCCCCCUCGGUUAUCACUGCGCCUCAGGGAUCCCGUUUAAGGGAAGAUGUUUCCCACAAACUUACAAUGCCAGAAAACUACACAGUAUAUGAAGUGCAGUCCGGAGAGUCGGACAGGGAUGCAGAUAUGGAUGGGAACGACGAAGACGGGGACGACGACAGCUUGUCUCAGCGGUCAACGGUGGCAGACGAGUCGGAGAUGUUCGACAUAAUGCGGGGGAAUCUGGGCUUGCUGGAGCAGGCCAUUGCUUUGAAGGCCCAGCAGGUCAAAGCUCACCGCGAACUCAGUCGCAUUCCCGAACACCAUCGUUUCUUUGCUCUGGAUGACCAGCCCAACAAACACAUGGAGCAUCUUCGCAAGAGCUGCUUUGGAAAAGAGAGUUCUAGAUCAGAGAAGCGCGAGAUCAAAUGCCCAACCCCUGGGUGUGAUGGAACGGGUCACGUGACUGGACUUUAUCCACAUCACCGCAGUCUGUCGGGCUGCCCACACAAAGAUCGGAUCCCACCAGAGAUCUUGGCCAUGCACGAAAAUGUCUUGAAGUGCCCAACGCCAGGCUGCACUGGCCAGGGACAUGUCAACAGCAACCGCAACACACAUCGCAGUUUGUCAGGGUGUCCCAUCGCUGCUGCCGAAAAGCUCUCCAAAGGCCACGACAAGCAGCACUUACCCCAGCCCAUGGGUGAGCACAUGAAAGGCAGUCCCAACUCUGACCGCGUUCUCAGGCCCAUGUGUUUUGUGAAGCAGUUAGAGAUUCCUCCGCACAGCAGCUACAGGCCCAGCCUCGUCCCCGCCACGCCACGCGCUAAUCUGGCCAAGGAGCUGGAGAAGUACUCCAAGGUGUCCUUCGAUUAUGCAAGCUUCGACGUGCAGGUGUUCGGCAAGCGCAUGCUCGCCCCAAAGAUGCACACCAGCGAAACUUCACCCAAAGCCUUCAAAUCCAAACCUCUGUUUCCCAGAGCAUCCCCUCCAAGUCCAAGCAUCCACGCUGGUUAUGGCAAGAGCUCCUCCAGCGGUUACGAUUAUUCCCACGACGCCGAAGCCGCCCACAUGGCUGCCACUGCCAUUCUCAACCUGUCCACACGCUGCUGGGAGAGACCGGAAAACCUCAGCGUCAGACACCAAGAUAAGAGUAUGGAAAUAGAAGUUGAUGAGAAUGGCACUCUGGACUUGAGCAUGAAAAAGCCCAUUAAGAGAGAGGUGGGCGUGUCUUGCACCAGUCCUGAAAUACGCUCCCCCGAUCUGUCUUCAUCAUCGUCGUCCUCAUCUCUUCACCAUGGCAACAGCAGCAUCUCUCCCCACUCCUUACACGCCUACAAACAGGAAGAGUGGGAGGGGCCUCUGGACUACACCAAACCCAAUCGACAGAGAGAGGAGGAGCUAGAAGAGAUGGACCACAGCGCUCAGUCAUUCGCCUCAUCCGACCCUGAGGACUGCGACAUGAUGCAGGACGUCCUCGAAGACAGAAAGUACCCCGGCGAGGUCACGACCCCCAGCUUCAAGGUCAGGUUCCAGCCCAAGGACUGCAAGAAGGAGCUCCUGCUGUGUCCCACUCCUGGCUGUGACGGCAGUGGACACAUCACAGGAAACUAUGCAUCCCAUCGCAGCCUUUCUGGUUGUCCUCUCGCUGAUAAGAGUCUGCGGUCCCUCAUGGCAGCACACACAGCCGAACUCAAAUGUCCGACUCUAGGAUGUGAUGGUUCAGGACAUAUCACCGGCAACUACGCAUCUCACAGAAGUUUGUCUGGGUGUCCACGGGCCAAAAAAAGUGGAAUGAAAACAACACCCCUCAAGGAUGACAAGGAGGAUUCGGAGCUCUUAAAAUGCCCAGUGCCGGGUUGCGACAGUCUGGGUCACAUCAGCGGGAAGUACGCCACUCACCGCAGUGCAUACGGCUGCCCGCUUGCUGCCAGGCGGCAGAAGGAAGGUUUACUGAACGGCUCUCCGUUCUCCUGGAAGGCAUUUAAGACUGAGGGUCCCACUUGCCCUACUCCUGGAUGCGAUGGUUCGGGUCACGCCAACGGCAGCUUCCUCACACACCGCAGUCUCUCUGGCUGCCCAAGAGCCUCCCUCAAUAAGAAGAAAGCCAAGUUCCCCGGAGAAGAGUAUCUCAGCACUAAGUUCAGAGCCAGCGACGUGUUAGAUAAUGAUGAAGAUAUCAAGCAACUCAAUAAAGAAAUUAAUGAACUUAGUGAAUCGAACAAUGAGAUGGAGGCAGACAUGGUCAACCUUCAAACACAGAUCACAUCCAUGGAGAAGAACCUGAAAAACAUCGAGCAGGAGAAUAAGAUUAUUGAGGAACAGAAUGAGGCUUUGUUCAUGGAGCUGUCUGGACUCAGUCAAGCUCUCAUACGCAGCCUGGCCAACAUUCGCCUGCCUCACAUGCAGGAGCCAAUCACAGAGCAGAAUUUCGAGAGCUACGUGAGCACCCUGACCGACAUGUACACCAAUAAAGACUGCUACCAGAAUCCAGAGAACAAGGCCCUUCUGGAGACCAUCAACAAGGCGGUGAAAGGCAUCAAGGUGUGACUGGAGAAGGGUCGCGGAGAGAAGAGCAUACAAAUGACACAAAAAGGGCAUUCAGGUUUUUUUGAUCAACAAUCUAAGCCUUCAACCCAGGGAGCAUUCUGUGAUGAGAUAUGAAAGAGGUAUAUAAUAUAUAUAUAGAUACUACUAUACGGACCAAAAUCCACAAGAGCUGCUGGAUUGGAAGGGGGGAGAGAAAGAACGGAACCAAAUCCUUCAGUUUAUUUACCAAGACUUAGUUUUUGUUAUUUCCAUGUGGAAAAAGCGCAAGAUGUUUUUGAAAAAGAAGGAAAGAGCUCCACAGCGUCCAUCUUAAGAUGUGAGGCCGAGGGGGAAGUUUGUGAGGACGCUGCUCUUCAAGAAAACAAGUGUGACGUUCCAAAUAAUGUGGGAUGCAUCGAAUGCAUAGAGCCCAGCCGGAACACACAUAUGCAGUAUUUCCUCGUCUUUCCUCCUUUUUCCCAAUGGCUUUUGAAUACAAGGUCAUGGGAACUUCACUUUUUCGAGUGAAAGUGCGUGUUCAACCAUAUCACAGCACUUCAAAUGCCAUUUGGUUGACUCUGUAAAUUUCAUCUGUUAAACACUAGCAUCGUUUUUAUUUAUUACUAUGGUUUGUUCUUUUGUUUUAAAGCUACGUGAAAGUGCACCGGCUUAAUCUCCUUUAUUUAUAGUACUUACACCAUAGGACCCAAUGUAGUCGUGUCUUUACAUAUGAACAAUGAGUUGCACUUCAUUUCAGUCAAUUCACCAUCGGAUAAGAUGAUGGAUUGGUACUGAUACAUAAAUUAUACGCAAUUUGUCCAGACUCUUACUGUAAUUUAUUUAUUUUUUGUUAUAAUUUAAUUUUAAAUUGUAUUAUUUAUUUGAUUUAUUUACGUAUUUAAAUAUUCACAGUGGGAAAAGUUAUCACAUCGAUAUUUGGAAAGAAAAAAACACUACUAAUUUUUUUUUACUCCUUUUUAUUUGACAAUAGAGAGUUUUUAAACAUUUUUUAAGUGCAAAUAUUUUUAACCUACAAUGUUUUGAUAUUUUUGUGAACUACUUGCUCUAUCUAUCUAUCUAUCUAUCGAUCGAUCUAUCUAUCUCUGCAUUUGUUUUUUUUUUUUUUGAAAUAUCCAAACUACAUCUGAGGGAGAAGUAUCAUCUCUAUUUAUUAUUUAUUUAAUAUUUAUGAAAUUAUAAACUGUGAUAUGGUUGUAAUGUAUAUUUAUUUUGUAACGUCUCUUGUGUGUUUGUGAAGUCUUGGUAGUCUUGAAGAACCUUUGGCGAUAUAUAAAAAUAAAGACAAAAAACAUGUUUGGACAAGAAAAUGAAAUAUUAUAAUUAUCGAGGGUUUUCCUUAUACCAGCAUUACUUCCUAUAGGAAUGUAAAGAGACGAAAGCAAUUCCAGUACUGUGGAACGUACGGCUUUGACUCAACAGGAAGAUGUUCAUAAGAGGAUGGAUCCUCUUGUGCUGUUUUUUCCCCUCAAGCUCUCCGUAGUGGCCAAAAACUGUCGCCCCUGAAAGACCCUUACGAAUCGCAAAUGGAUUAUUUUUGCCGUCUUGCUAAACUUUAAUCUUUAGAGACCUGUUGGACCAUGGGAAGCGGGUUGGCAUCCCAACCAUCUGGAAGGAAACUGUUGAACCACAAUGUCCUUACUCAACUAGUAUCAGACAAGCAUACACCCGUGUAGCCUUAUACUAGAUUUUUAUUUCUUCAAUGCACAAAGUGCCACUGACCAGUGCUUUCGUUAACGACUUCGCCCAUUCAGCGACCUCACUUCCCUCGGGUCAUGUGACCUACGUGGCAUAAGUGAGGGUUGUGACAGAUGCCUUUAUUCCUUUGCCGCGAUGGCCGUGUCUACACAGUAUAUUCAUUCUGUAUUUAAAAGAUAAAAGAAGACAAAAAAAUCUAUAUAGUAUAUAAACAUACAUAUAUUUUUUCAGUGUAGUUGUAACUCUUUUCUCUUAUGAUAGCUACAGAAACGAUAUCUUUCCAAAAGCUGUGAGUGCUACUGUCAAUAAAAAACUAAAUGACGUAUAAAAAAAAAAGAAAAUCUGAAGCAAAGACCCAGUUAACUGUGUCUGCGAUGUGUUUUAUAAAACGUAAACGUACAUUUCUAAAGCAAAGGAUAUGGGGAUGUUUGUAGAGUUUCCUAUUUUUCAGGCAUUUUCUGGUUUCAGAUUGUAUGUAUGUCAGCCACAUUAAUGGGACAAUGGUUUUAAGGUUAGUCUUAGUGACUGUAACUGUAGUGUGCUGAAAGUUCUCCUGUCUUUAGUAUGGUGUCGUACGGUGUCGUGGUGGGACAAGCCAGACAAGAAAUGUGUAAAAUACACAAUAACAUCUGUAUGAAUCAUAACAACCAAUUGUGAAUUGUGCCUCUAUUUUGCUAAUAGAGCGUGUGUACCAUUUUGCUAAAACGGUCCCCAUGCAGCAUCCAUGUUUUUCUUUGCUAUUAUAGCAGCAAUAUUGUGAUGGACCGAAAAAUGUGUGCACUAUUCCAAAUCACAAAACCUUGAAUGCCAGCUAUUGACCUUUUAGCCAAAAUGUUUCUCUUUUGUCUCUUUUUAUUUAUUUCAUUAGUUUGGUUAAACAUUACAAAUGGAUGUUGGCUGUUCAUUGCACCAAUAGAAUCGGGACUAAAUGUUUUAAACUUGUAUGUUCUUGUUGUUUAAUGUAAAACAUGUAUCCUGUGUGAAAUGCCCUUUGUAUUCACAGGGGUUACGGACAUUGCCAUGUUCAGUUUAACAUCGAGAGCCACUUUAUUACAUAUUUUGGCUUUGUGAACUUAACGAAAACCUCCCCAAUUUGCUGUAUUUAAAAAACUUGGAUCAAGUAACAGAAAGAUGUUUAGUGCAAGACAUUAGGUAUUCGCCCUCACACGAGAGAGCGAGCAGAUGCUGGAUGCAUAAAUCUUUGUCCGUUUUCAUAGAAACUGGACUCGCUCGCCUCGUUCUCUGUAACCUUUCCACUGGAAAGAUGUGUGAGUUGCAUUUCAAUAUCAGUCCACCGCUUAAAGAGGAAUCUUGAUGGUUUCAGUCUAUGACAUUACAGUUCUUCCUUCUAUUAAAUAUUAUAGAGAGAAUCUCAUCAUGUUA